AAGAGUAAAAGAAUAAUAACAUUAGGCCCUGAUCCUCCCUUAGUGGUGCAUUGUGGGAGAAUAAACAAUCAGCUGAUAUGCUCUCAGCCAUCGAUUAGAAACAUACUAUCACCUCUUUUUGGCCUCCUAGGUGGUCCAUCAGCUCUACUUUCAACGGUGAAGUGUGUUGCAAUAUGUCUGAAUCAACAAGUACACGUACUGACCAAAGGUCUACAUCCAGUCUGUUGCAUGACUCUCAGCAGUCCAUUCUAGUCCAAGAAUCUUCAGGUGCUUCUCUCCCAGAUUCUCAGCUACAUCAACAGUCACCACUACCACAUUUAAAUGUUAAACCAUCACAGUCACGUGUGGAGCACCAGUCACAGUCCACACCAUCCCCAGUGGAUGCUUCUCCGACAGAACCUCCUUCACCCUCUAUAGCAUCUGGACAAAGCACAACUGCUUCCAGCUCUGAGCAGUCUUCUCCUGCUGCUUCUACCCCAGAGGAUCAGCCACACACCGAGCAACCUCCUUCCUCCUCUCGGGAAUCUCUUCCUGAACAACCUCCUGUCUCAGGACAAUUGCCACCACAGCAAGAGAGUGCUAAUGCAGGGAACAAUGGUCAGAAUCGAAAUAAUACACAAAAUCGACCAAAUAAUAAUAAUAAUGGUGGCCUUGCCAAUGUUAGAGAGCGACUUUUUCAGGCGCUCUUCUUCAGGUUGGCUGUUGCUUAUGCUCGGGCUUUCCCGCAACCAAUGAGAAGGUUGAUAGAAUUCACUGUUUUAUUAAAGGCCCUGACUACUUUGUUCCUUUUGGUGUACAUCCAUCUUGCCUUCACUCGGGCACCCAUCACAUGCUUGGACCAUAUUCGUGAUGACUGGCCCAGGGAAGGUAUCUUGCGCGUUGAAGUAAUUAGGAACCCAAGUGAAGAUUAUACAGUGGAGCAGAGCUAUGAGAAGGAGGAGCGCUUGCAGCAGCGACAACUGGAGUUCCUUGGUGCUCUUGGCUCGGAUAUUGAUAUGUUGUUUGGUGGAGUAGAGCCUGUGGUCACGGAUGGGGAUGGGUCGGUAACAGUGGAAACUAAUGUUGACAACCAGAAAAGCUCUGAGCAGGGUGCUGAUCUUAGGACUGCAGAAGACUCCACUCCUGAGCAGCUAGUUACUAUGUCUCAGGACCCAAUAGUAACUAUGUCUCAGGACCCAAUAGGAGAUAAAAAAAUUUAUGGACUGCCUGAAUUUGAAAAUCGAGAAUUAAGUUCUCAAAAUUAUUCUCAUGUUCCAGUGGACUUUGAGUCGCUAGAGGAACAAGUUACUGCUGACUUGCCAGAUGUUGCCAAUGUGGACAUGGAUGUGUUCACUGCCAACCACACAGAGGAUGAGCUGACAGUGCAAGUACAUGAUGAUUCUCCUUUGCCAAAAAAGGAACCAUUAGAAAUGCUAGCCAAAGCUGUGUGGCCAGAGGACGAGUACAUCGUGGAAUACUCGCUUGAAUAUGGAUUCCUCCGACUCUCACCAGCUACAAGGCAGCGCCUCAACAUUCCGGUCAAGAUUGUUACACUGGAUCCCAUGAAAGAUGCCUGUUUUGGUGAUUCUCUGUCUCGGUUUAUUCUGGAUGAAUUUUUGGGCUAUGAUGAUAUCCUCAUGGGAUCCAUUAAGAGUCUUGCAGAAAAAGAAGAAAACAAAGGUUAUCUUCGAAAUGUAGUUACCGGAGAGCACUACCGCUUUGUGAGCAUGUGGAUGGGGGGCAGCAACUACCUGGCGGCAGCAUUUGUUAUGGUGGUUUUCACCCUGAGUGUGUCCAUGCUACUGCGCUACUCCCACCAUCAGAUCUUCCUCUUCAUCGUGGACCUCCUCCAAAUGUUGGAGCUGAAUGUGGCUAUUACCUUCCCUGCAGCACCCAUGUUGACUGUCAUCCUUGCACUUGUUGGUAUGGAAGCCAUCAUGUCGGAGUUCUUCAAUGACACCUCGACAGCUUUCUACAUCAUCGUGCUGGUGUGGGUCUGUGACCAGUAUGAAGCCAUCUGCUGCCACACAGCCAUCACACGGCGCCACUGGCUUCGCUUCUUCUACCUCUACCACUUUGCCUUUUACGCUUACCAUUAUCGGUUUAAUGGCCAGUACUCGUGGUUGGCCCUGAUGACAUCAUGGCUCUUCAUCUUGCACUCAAUGCUGUACUUCUUCCACCAUUAUGAGCUCCCAGCAAUAUUGCAGCAGGCUCAGAUUCAGCAACUUGGUCGUGUACACACCGUUAACAUUGUUCUCCGCAAUGUUCCCAAUAAUAACCAGAAUGGAAUCAAUACAGGCAAUGCUGGUGUUGGUGAUAAUUCUGUUGCUGGUGGCAGAGAGAAUACCAACACUGGAGCCAACAAUACUAGGAACGAUGGAGUACAAAGGCCAAAUAUUCCUCCCAUGGUUAACUUGGUUUUCCGCAACAUGACUGGUGGCUUGGGAAAUAACAGAAAUGGAAAUGCCUCCUUAAGCUUUGUGUUCAGGAAUGUAAGAAAUAUUAUGCAAAACCUUCAGCAGAAUAAUACAUCAUCAGGUAGCACAACGACCACAGCAUCUUCCUACAGUUCUAGUUCUGGUACUGAUACUGGCUCUAGUACAGACAAUGUAUCUUCAACAGCAGCAGCAACCUUCUUAGGAACAGUUGCAGAUGCUGGAUCUGAUGCAAUAAAUCCAGCCACCUUGGCAGCUGGUGCGACUUCUCUCCCAACAUCUCGAGUUUCUGAAACAGCACAAUAUGGUUCUAACAGUUCUCCUUCUUCCUCUUUCAUCACUUCAUCUGUUGUGACGUCUCCAGUAACAAAUGCUUCACAUACAUCCUCUGUUUCCUCUCCAAGAUUAAUGAAUAUGAAUUCUUCAGAAAAUUCAAGUAGUAAUCCUUUAAGUUUUAUUGCCUCAAAUAGAACCACUUCUGUAACACCUGACUUCAUCAGUUCUUCCACAAACAGCCUUCCUUCCGUAAUUUCACAUAAUUCUUCACAGUCAUUGUCCGAGGGCAUGCCUUGCAAUUCAAAUUCUUCAUUGGAUAAUGUGAUGAACAAAAAUGGUGUGAGGUAUAAAGCUAUUCCAGUAGGUGGAGGUGAGAGAGAGUGCAUUGAUUUGCUUAGUUGUGAGGGUUUAGAGUUUCCCUCACAUUGUGUGAUGACUGAUGACACUGUGCUUAGUAGAGCCUCUGUAAUUAGACAAACAGUUAAUGCAAGCAGCCUUUUAAAAAAUGGUGUUGAUACAACAUACAGUAGUACUGCAACAGCCUUGGAACCUUCACUAACACAAAAAUCAGAAUUACCAAACAAUGACUGCCAGGCGGUAGAAGUUUGCACAAGCAGUGAUGCAGUAGCAGUGGAAGCUCUGCAACCAGAACAAGAAGUAAGACAUUGUAAUACCUCAGAAACUCCCUACCACCACCGACCUCACUUAGAUAGUGAAAGCAGUGGGUAGGGCAGUCAAAUUAUUACUUUUUAAUGUAAUAAAUGUAUAAAUGUACUAUUGUCACAGGCUUUUAAAUAUAAGGUAUUGUUUUUAUUGUUUACUCUAUACUUUAAACACAACUUUAAAGGUGUUGGCUAGAAAAAUGUGUAUUUUUUUCUUUUGCAGUUAUAUAUGAAGUAUAUAAAUGUAUAUAUUUACUGAAUAUAGUUAUCUUCGCAAUUUUAUUUAUAUCACAGAAUUAAGUUUAUUUAAAGACAUCGGAUGCAAAUUUAGUGUAGCUGCCAUUGUUCCACAUUUUGGCAUAGUACAUGUAUUCCACUGUUGUCAACCUCUGAGAGUGGCAGAUAGAAUUGAAGUUUAUUCCACCAAACAAGACCACAACAUAUUUUUCAGCUUUUUUUUUUUAUAAGUCUGCAGCUGAACAAAAUGUGCCUACAUUUUAGUAUAAUGAAAGGCUUCUUAAAUGUGAAAUGCAUUUUUCAUUAUUACCAGUGACAGGUUCUUGGUUUGUUGAAUGUGUUGGUAGCAACCUCAGUGAUUAUUAAUAUCUAACUUGCUACCACUUUGAGUUUUUAACCCUGAAUGCCAUCAAUAAAGGUAAUCAAGCA